AUAAUCAGAGCCGGUCAUCAAAACAAGACCGGCGGUGGGAACCGCCAAUGCCAGGAAGGUAAGCGAUCGCAGAUGUGUGUCUGCCCUCGCUAUGCCGUCUGCGGCCUUAGAAGUUGAUAGAUCAUUCAUAACCAGCGCUUUGCCCUUUUCAAUUCUGGUGGUAAGAGCUUGCGAUUCUUGAUCCCAUAACUGAGCCAAAAGCGUCCUCAUGGCAGGACUAGAAACAUACACGCGGCAAAAGGAUGCAAGAAAUUCCCAAUCUAGAAGCUCAGCAGGCGGCGGAUGAACCUCUAACAGCUGUCUCCUUGUAAGAAGAAAACAUAGCCGUCUUAGUGUUUUCAAUUUUGCAUCGGCACCUAGGCCAUCUCCAGCUGCCGCCUCCUGGAAGAAGGAUGCCAGGAAGAUGCGCGAUGAAUCAUCUUUGGGAAUUAAUGAUUGAAAUUCGUCCUUAGGUAUCUUCAAGCGCAGCUCAAGAAGAGCUAUCCAGGCAUCUAAACAGGCGGUCCAUUCCUCAUUCUGGAGGAUGUUUCGGACUGUGGCGGGGGGGAAGGGGGCCAGCGGCGGAAGAGAACCGUGCGCCAUGCGGAAUGUAAGUAUGUAUUUUCUUCUUCCUCCUUCCUUUGGCAGCAAUGUGGUCCUUUCUGCCAGGCGCACACAGAGAAGCGGGGAAACAGGAAUUCCUCAAGGGGGGGGAUAAAACAAAAUAUCCAGUAUUAUAAUAUUGUAGAUGUACGGCAAUGAUUGUUUGUCGCGAUUAUCAAAAUGGGAGUUGGAUGGGAGCCUCCAGACUUGGUUAGUCAUCACCCGUAACCUUAUCUAAGCGAAUGCCAAGACUUCCGCCCACAAUCUUCCGCUUAUCAAAAUUUCAUCGCGACUUCAACAUCUUUUUUGGUCUUUUUCAACGCCAAACGCAUCUUCCUCAAGCCUAAUCAGCCUUUCAUCACCUUACCGAACUCCUACUGUUCAGGUCUGGAUUGGCAUAUUCGCCGGUAAAUCACUAAUCCAUCACCAUGUCGUACCAGAAGCCCGAGAAGGAUUUCGGCGAAGGCCCCAAAAUCCACAAGAUCCGCAUCACCCUCACCUCGCGCAAGGUCGCCUCGCUCGAGAAAGUGUGCCAGGAGCUCAUCGAUCGCGCGCGCAGCAAGUCGCUCAACGUCAAGGGCCCCGUCAGACUCCCCACGAAGACCCUGAAGAUCUCCACCCGCAAGACCCCCAACGGUGAGGGUAGCAAGACCUGGGAUAUGUUCGAGAUGCGCAUCCAUAAGCGUUUGAUUGACCUGCACGCCCCCACCGAGACCGUCAAGCAGAUCAUCAUUAACAUCGAGGCUGGUGUUGAGGUUGAGGUUACCAUUGCCGCAUAGAUGUGGUUUCUCUCCCUCGCGUGACUCCACUUCCAUCCCGUAAAAGGGGUGGUGGAUUGGACGGGCGAUGAGUACGAAUUAUCGGGGAUAUGAUAAUAUACCCCGGGUUAAAAAAGUUUUGUUACCAGCUGUCUUGCUCUCGGAAGAGAUGUGGGUUCUGGUGUCAAAUAAAAAAGGCAGCACAGCACCACUUCCGGACGGACUUGAGGUGUGCUCUGUUGCUCCAAAUGUAUUUACAUAGCCCUGGUAAUCCGGAAUGAGAAGUGAACAAAUGUUCAAUUUUAAAUUCAAAAGCUGCAUACUUCUUGCAUCGAAUUUUAGCUAUUUCGGCGAUAUGUAUGGGAUGACUUAGUACAUUGCGCAUCUACACAUAACAGCAAUUAAAAGUUGCAUAACUUGUAGAGGCAACUUGACGCGUCCUAUAUCAAUUUUCUUGAAAAGAGAGGGAGGUAAAUAAGUUCUUCCACCCACACCGAUUGCCCGCAGUAAGUAUGCACUGGCAUCAUAACUCUACAGGGUCCAUACAUCCAUGUAUAGGUGUAGAUCAUAGUCGCGCCAGCGAGGACGACGAAGUAAAGGUAUCCAACAUGCCCGGGGAAAAACUAC